AGUGGGUUGUCGUGGUUCGAGAAGGGGGUUCUUGCGAGUUGUUGGAGUUGUAGGGGUUUGUUGUUAUUGGGAGGGGUGUAGGUGGUGUUGGUAAGUUUCGGGGUUAGAGCCUCACACGUUUCACUGCCGCUCCAGUUCAGCGCUGCCCUCGCUUUAGUGGCUGCUGAGUUGGAGCCCCGCGGGUUCGCGACCGGGCUGUGAGCGAGGAAGAAGAGGCGUCGAAUGGCUUCGAACUCGCUGCGUGAGAUCGGAGAGUGGACGAGGAGGCAAAGCGCUCCCGAGAGAGAGAGAGACCCCCACUAGGGGCUCUGGGUGAUGUGGCCGUGAGGGAUAACAGCGCCGAGUGUCUCCCCUCCUCGUGUCCUCUACGCUGCGACGGGGUUUUUCUCCGGCGUUCUCUGGGUUUUCCCUGCCGUACAACGAAGCCAAACACGCGUGGAUGGAGUUGGGCCCAAAACGCAUCCCAUCGUUGCAGUGCCCUCCUUGAAAAAGAGUCUGGGAAUAGAGCGAGCUUUUGCUGCAACUGGAACCCAUCCUGGAAGGAGAAAAAAAGCAAGAUUGAAAAUAAAAACGAAAUCCGAAUAUAAAUAAUUUGUGUAUAUAUAGUCCGUCUCGGAGUCAACCGGCGAACUCUACCAAGAUACGAAUUCCGAGUUGCAAGCAAGGAGAGACAAUUGAACAACACGAACUAACUUUCACUUCAAUCAACAACAACAACAACAACAAAAUACAGCUUCAAUAACAACUGGGGACAAUAACAUUUAAAAAAGAUUUUAUUUUCAUUUGACCAUCAUAGCCACCACAAUGUAGGUCAAUUCACUUCCCUCCCUGCGUCUUCUGCCCACUCAGCGUGACUCUGCAAUCCCCUACCCAUCAUCUGAACUAUUUCUUAACUUUGGAAACCCUGCUAAAUUAAAUAACACGUAGUAACGAGUAUCUGUUUACAACUUGCUGGGGAUUUUGGGCCUGUGCUCAGCAACUGAAAAGCCAUCACCAAUUAGAAAAACAUAAAUUAAUGAAGAGCCAUCACCUGCAGGAGAACAGCGCUCAUUAAGCCACGACCCGGAUAAGCGUGCGUGCGUAUAAAGGUGACUCGCAUUCGGAACGAGUGAACAUCUCGGGGUAAAGAUUGAGCGCCGAGAGGGGAAGGAGAACUCUGAAGUGCCACCAUGCCGGUCAAGGCCCCCAUGUACCUGAAGGCUCCGCCCAACAAGAAAGGGAAGAAGCCUCGACUCAGGGACAUCCUCUCGCCGGACAUGAUCAGCCCCCCGCUGGGGGACUUUCGUCACCUCAUGCACAUCGGAGGCUCGGCGAUGGACGAUUAUAACAAUGACAGUAGCAACCAGGGUGCUCCUGAACAUCGCGUCAACCAUCAAGGCGGCAACCACAUUCAGCAGGACCUGCACUACCACCACCAGCAGCAACAACAGCAGCAGCAGAUAAACAACCUUCUGCACCAACAUCAGCAGCAGCAGCAGAUAAACAGCCUUCUGCACCAACAUCAUCAUCAUCAGCAGCAGCCCGUGUUAAAAACGGGACGGUCACCAGGAUGCAGUGCGAGCUGCCUGGACGCAAUGCGCUCACCGGUGCUCAAGAAUGCCCUCACCUUGCCCUUCACGGGCUCCCCUCGUGCUCUGGACCUGCCCUACCUCUCCCCACACUAUGCCCCCACCGAGGCGUCGUCACCCCCUUGGCCUCCCGGUGGGUGCAAUUCCAUCGCCGCUGCUGCCCCCCCGCAGAGCGAUUCUUCUUCACGGGGGACAGCACCGAAGGAUGGCGGCCUUCGCAAACAGCAGUCUGGCGGCUCUGUUGGCGGCGGCGAUGGUGGCUCUAGGUGGUCUAAUGACGGCACACUGUGCGAUGAGCAAGCGGAGGAGUAUGAGGACUUGGAUGUGUUUGCCGAGGCCGAUGGGGACCUCGUGGUGAAACCGUGGCUGCGUCCUCAGGCCAGCAUCUCCCGGUCCUUGUCAGUGCCCGUUCACGGAGGCCACUCGGUGUCUCCAUCAUCUUUUUGUUCUUCUGCUGCUGUUGCUGGUGGUGCUGGUGGUGCUGGUGGUGCUGCUGCUUCCACAGGUCGUGUCUUCUCGGUGCCGUCACUCGCCCACACCAACACUCCGAACCAUCGCCUGUCUUCCACCCUGACCCGCGAAGUCUCCGCGGGCGAAAACAUUGGGCAAACCCGGUCGGGCCAAAGGUCAAACCGAUUUCUCCAGACCAUGUUGGUGAACGCCAAACUCUCCAAGCUGUUCCACCAUUCUUCGAAGAACAAUGUUGGGGACGGAACGCCUGGCGGUGCUGGCGGCAGCGACGACUUUGCUGAUGGCGCUGGUGGUGCUGGUCUUGCGGGUCAGAAGACGAACUCCACCACGCGUUUGUGGAACCGGUUCAGCUUCUCGAGGGGUCGAGAUGGUGGCGGCAGCAGCAGCGGCGGUGGCGGCGGCGGUUCAAGGUCCUCCACCGCGGUGAAGUCGCGGAGUUCGCCGGUGAAAGCCAUGCAGCUGUACCCAGAAACGUCGACCCUCGGUAGAGAUCGCACUCACGAGGCCGGGAAGUCCCCUUUCUCUGGUGGCCAGAAUCAAAGGGGGCGGCUGGUGGAGCCAUCGUCCCGGUACUCGUGGAGUGGAUCCCUGCAGAGGGAUUUUGGGAAUAUUUUUCCCAAGGCGCCGUUCACCACUGGGAGGACAUCGCCCGGUGCAGAUGGAAUUGCGGGCACGUUGGUUGAUGGAUCAAUGGUGGUGGCAGCAACAAGAUCAGGAUCGUCAUCAUUAUUAUCAUCGCCAGCAGUGGCAUCAGCAGCAUUAUCAACGUCACAGCCAUUGUUAUUAGGAACACCAGCAGCGCCAUCAUCAUCACCAUUAGUAGUAGUACCACCACGACCACUACCACAAUCAGCGGCAUCAACAUCAGUAGCACCACCUAUACCAGCAGCAGCAGCAAUAUCAACGUCUCAGCCAUCACUAUCAGGGACACCAUCAUUCGUACCAUCGUCUUCCCCGCCAUGCGGUGCACCACCUCCAUUUUAUGCAGUGGCACCGUCGUCAGCAACAGCAGAACCGCCACCAGCUCCACCGCUGUCGACUUCGUCAUCGUCAUCGUUGUCAUCUUCUGCUGCUCGACAGCCGCUGGCGAGGAAUCUCUUUCAGAGGUCCCGCUCCCAGAUUGCCGCCGUGUUCCGGGGCGGGAUCUUCCACAGCAAACGUCACAGCUCUAACCCCACGGACAGCGAGGAGGUGGUUUUCCCGAACGGGACCUCGCAAACACAGGACCGAUUGCUCGUCAGCCCGACUCGACACCCCCACGUGGAGUCGCGCAAUGGAGUGGCCCAAUUCGUUCCUUUGGCCCCAGUGGACUGUGCCAUUGAUCUGACAGGGGUGCAGGAAUGCUCUAAAGGGGCUACGCGCGAUGAGCAUCUUCAACAGCGAGCAAACGAGGCUUUGGACUAUGAGGACGUCGGGGAAACUGCGAUGCAACAUCAGCCCCGUGAUCACCAUCAGCAGGCACAUCAUCACAAUCACCACCAGACUCAGCAAAGUCAUCAACACCACCAGCAGCAGCAGCAGGAGUUCCAUCAGCAUUACCAUCAGCAACAACAUCAUCAUCAGCAGCAGCAGCAGCAUCAAGCUCACGAUCAGCCCAGCACAAUUCGGCGGUGCCCAUCCAAAGACUCGCUGGACCCCUUCCAUCUCAGCGGCUCUCUGCUCUCUCUGGGGCUCGACCUGGGUCCCUCUCUGCUCGUGGAUGUCCUGGGGGUCAUGGACAAACCCCAGGUCCCCUCCGUGGGGGACCCCACGUCUCGGGAGGUCGCGGACAGAAGCCAAAGCUCCCCGGAGAGGGACAGCGGCGUGGGAUGCUCCGACGGGGACCUUCCUCACGCCGAGACGCCGUCUCGUCAGCCGCGUCUCAAUUAAACACCCGGGGGGGUUAUUUGCCAGAUAACGCACCUCUGGACAAUGUGUGUGUGUGUGGGGGGGGGGGGGCAGAUUUAUAGCUCAACCAGGAGAAAUGUAAGAAUCUGAUACUGAAAUAAGACGAACUCAAAACAUCGGUCAAUAAUGCCACCUCGAAAGGGAAUACAUUAUAUGUAAAAUAGACGACGUUUCGGGCAAUGUCCCAUCUUGAGAGGACAGAGCACAUUCUUCCAUGUGCCUUAAAGAAGAGCCAUUGCACACGACGCUGCCUUUUGUGUAUUUUUUCCAAAUUUUAAGGCCGCACAGUGAUAUCGAGGUUAGUGUUGUUUUGUUAUAUAUGUAACAAAGCAAAAUGUUUGCAUUCGUACAGCAGUGGCGCUUGCUUAAACGCUCCAGCUACCCAGGGUGCCUCACAUCGCAUCUCAAACAUUCGAAGGGCACCCCCCCCCCACCUCCCUUGACAGUGGCAGCUGUCCCUGUGCAGCACAAUGAUACUCAGCACCGGCAUGCACAUACAGAGGGGCAUUAGUCUGACGAAUGUGUUGGAGUUUUGUUCUUGUCCCUAUUGUGCCUUUGCACCACUGCCAAACGCAGUAUCGCCGAUUCGUUCGUUUCUCAAUCCGCUUGUCCUGGUGAGGGUCGCGUUGGCAGCGUGUUGAGUAGUUGUGGUCCAGACCUCCCUUGCCCUGGCGACGGACUCCAGCUCUUCUUAGGGAAUUCCCAGGCGUUCCCAGGCCAGCCGAGCGACUUAGUCCCACCACCAGCGUGUCCUGGGCCGGCCCCGGGGUCUUUGCCCAGUGGGACGUUGCUGCUGCCCGAUAGAAGUUCUUGGGGGAGUCUACCGGGGGACAUCCUGACCGGGUGCCCGAACCACCUCGACUGGCUCCUCUCGAUCCGGAGGAGCAGCAGCGGCUCGACUCUCACGGAUUACCGAGCUCCUCACUCGGCAACCCUGCGGAUCAACCUCAUUUCUGCCCCUUGUACCCAGUGUCGCUUAAUAAAUGUUACAUUUCUUGGAUUAUACAGAUAAUAAUAAUAAUAAACACAACUUAGUCCUGACUGAGUCGCGAGACUAUUUUCACAGAGUAAUUUAACGUGACGCUGACAGAUACGUAACUUAAAUGUGCACUUACACGUCGCCUUCAAAGUGCACCUAGCCUGGCACAAAGCAUCGUGGUGGCAUCACUGCAACCUGGUGGUGGAUAGCGGCUGCUGUUGUUAUUGUCAAGGGGAAAUUGGCCUUUCAGCCGAAUAUGGGCAUCCCCUAGGUGAGCUCAGCAGAGAAUAUGUGAGCCUACCUAGUGCGGCACUGGUUUGGAAGAUGAUGACGCUAGCAUUGGUGGUUACUGUGGUGGUGAAUUCACGUGAUGGUGGUUACUUUGAUGGUGGUGAUGGUGGUGUCGGUGGUGUUAAUUGUUGUGGCGCUUCUGCAGACUGCUUGACCCAAAUUUAAAUUCCAUUUGGUGGGGUCAGCGAAUCACAUCUCCAGGAUAGAUGAAAUAGUUGGUGGGGGGAAAAAAAUAUCUCACCUUUGUUGCCACGGUUGCCGUUGGACGACAGGUGAUGAGCGAGGGGGGCGGCGGGAGGGGGGGCUUGGUGACAUCAUCAGCAAAAUCAGCUGCGUCACGCUGGGCGUGGCUUGCAGGGGUUUCCCGCCUUCUCGAGGCAGGAUGUGGGGUCAUGUACCAUGUUUAAGGGAUUCCGAGCAAAUGUUCGGUCAGCCCACUGACUCACUCGGUAAAUCGCACCAACUCUAAAUUUGUGGGCAACUUUUAAAGCUUUUGGACACGUAAUGGCCCAACACUUGCCAGCUACAACUUUUAUACGAAUGUUACAUUUUUAUUUCUUUAAAUAAUCGCGUUUUGCGUGACAUGUGCUGUACUGACGAAUAUGUACACACACAUCACCCGGGAACGCGCCAGACCUGAUGAGCUCUCAGAAGCCAAAGCAGGAUUUUGAGCCUCGAUUGCGCUUGCAUUGGUGACCUUCAACACCCCGCUCUAACCAGAGUGCGAAAGAAUGAUAAAAUAACCCCGACAAUCCGCACGGCAGGAGGAGAGCCCUCAUCCAGCAGUGGAUUUGCAAAAAGGGCACUACAUUUCGAUUUAAAGCUUUCGUGACUGCAGGGAUUCAUCUUCUUGGUUCUUUCGGUAAUGUCACGUAGAAGGGAAAUAAUAAAAUAAAAUAAAUAAAACAUAAUAAAAUGAUUCUUAUUUUAUUUUAUUAUGUUUUAUUUUAUUAUUUCUCUUCUACGUGACAUUACCGAAAGAACCAAGAAGAAGGGCACUACACUUAUGCGUUAAUGCCAAAGCGUCAUGGACUAAAUGAACGACGGCUGGGCCGGAACCAGUCUUUGGAAUUCCACGUUCUUAUGACGGGGCACAGUGUAUCCUUGUGAAAGCUCGACUGUGAUCUGCAACCACGGUGUGAGCUGCUUCAUAAGGUGGUACUGGUUUUAGCGACCCCGGAGGGAUGAUGAUUGACGGCCAUCGAUGAUGGUAAUGGGGCUAAGAUGACCAUGACCACGAUUCAAACGCAUGCGAACAUACGACUAGAGCCCUACCAGUACACGUGGAACGUGGGGCCACCGUUGCUUCAACCUUGGUCCAAUGGUUCCAACCGCAUGCCAACAUUGGCCCCAACGUUAGCAUGUUUACUGGGCUGUCGUUUUACGACAUGAGCUACGCGCACUAUAUAUAUAGAGAGAGUUUCACGGCACGCCUUAAGUGACCUUUCUUGCAAUGUUUGAACGGUACAGGCAAGUAUACACGCCACGUGCAGUGUGCGGAAUGGACACUCGCCUUCAUGUACAUCUAUUGUAUAUUCGCAUCUCGCAUUGUCAAUGUACGUUGUUACAAUAAAGCAUCAAGCUUUAAGCGCUAA